CAGAGUAACAUGCAGAGGUGUGGGAAAUGUGACCGAUGUGACGCCGUGUGGUCCGAUAAAAGUUCACCGCGAUAUAGCACAAGAGCCAGCUAUUCUUGUAAAUAAAGCGAAUAAGCCUGAAUGUACUGCAAGCAUGGACUGGUAAUACUUGAAUUUUCAAAUGAAAGAAAGGUAUUGAUAAGGAGGUUAUGUUGCAGUAGGCAUGCUUGAUUCAGUAUAAAUUAACACUACAAUUCGAGAUGACAUACGUGGUCUUACCUUUGCAAUGCUUCAUAGAAUUUGCAUGGUCUCUGAUUUCUUUUAUCCUAAUAUGGGUGGAGUUGAAGAGCAUAUAUUUAAUUUGUCCCAAUGCCUUAUCAGUCAUGGGCACAAAGUGAUCGUUAUGACACAUUCCUAUGGAGAAAGAGUUGGAGUUCGAUACAUGACUAAUGGCUUAAAGGUGUACUAUCUUCCAGUGAGAGUAUUCUAUAAUCAGUGUGUGCUUCCAACAAUGGUGUGCUCUCUUCCACUGAUACGUUACAUUUUUAUUAGGGAAAGAAUAACAAUCAUACAUGGUCAUUCAGCAUUUUCAGCCCUGGCACAUGAAGCAAUGGUUAUUGGAAGAUUAAUGGGUUUGAAGACGGUGUUCACAGAUCAUUCUCUGUUUGGUUUUGCUGAUGCAUCUGCUAUUAUCACAAAUAAACUCUUGGAGAUGUCACUAGCAGACUGUAACCACUGUAUCUGUGUGUCACAUACGGGGAAGGAAAACACAGUACUGAGAGCGAGGGUCCAUUGUGGUCGUGUGUCAGUUAUACCUAAUGCUGUUGAUACAGCUGUGUUUACCCCAGAUCCUAGUAAACGAAGCACAGACUCAAUCACAAUCGUCGUGAUAAGCCGAUUGGUCUACAGGAAAGGUGUAGAUCUGAUGGCUCAAGUCAUUGCUGAGAUCUGUCCACGAUACCCACAGCUGCAGUUCCUGAUUGGUGGAGAUGGGCCAAAGCGUUGGUUGCUGGAAGAAGUGCGAGAACGUGGUGGAUUGCAGGAUCGUGUGACUCUGCUUGGAAGCCUGGAGCACUCACAGGUGCGCGACGUUCUCACACGUGGUCACAUCUUCCUCAAUACAUCCCUCACUGAAGCAUACUGUAUGGCCAUAGUAGAAGCUGCAUCAUGUGGACUUCAGGUAGUCAGUACCAAGGUAGGGGGCAUCCCUGAGGUUCUGCCAUCAGACUUGAUCUACCUGACUGAGCCAAACGUUCCAUCUCUGUUGCUAGGUCUAGAGACAGCACUUGCCAACCUGCGUUCAGGUAAUGUGGUGCCUCCAUGGGACUGCCAUCACCGUGUGGCAUUACUAUACAACUGGAUGGAUGUAGCAAGUCGAACAGAGACCGUGUAUCAUCGGGUAGCUGGUGAAAAGAGCAAGACGUUGGGAUCACAGCUUCGCAGAUAUAUGGCAAGUGGAGUGCUUCCCUUCCUGCUCAUUAUCAGUCUUGCCCAUCUAAUGCUGCGCUUCCUUGACUGGAUGGUACCUCACAAAAGUAUUGACAUUGCCAAAGAUUACAAUGUAACUAGUCAUAUUACGGAUGUACGUCAUUCAAACGGAGUUCACAAACCUUACCAGGGCAAAUGGAAGCUAUCCUGACACAAGCAAGCUGUUAGCAAACAUCAAAGAAAAUGCAAGAAAGUAUUUUGAUUUUAAAUGUUAUACAAAAGAUAUUUUAUAUAA